UAUGUAGAUUAUGAUUUAAGUACUUUAAAGAAUAGUAAAGGUGGAUUCUUGUUAAAUUCAGAGGAAGAAAAUCAAAAACUUUUAAAACAAAAUCAACAAGUUGAAGAAUUGAAAAAACAAAGAUUAAAACAAAUCGAAAGAUUUCAUCAAAAUCAAUUAUCAUUAGAUCCAAAUCAGAAUCCGAAAUGUAAAGUUUGUUCAAGUAUCGAAUUAGACAUUCAAAUUUAUAAUGCAUUUAGAGUACCGGUCUGUAAGACAUGUAAAAACAAUUAUCCAGAUCGAUUUAGUUUAUUAACCAAAACUGAAUGUAAAGAAGAUUAUCUUUUAACUGAUCCCGAAUUAAAAGAUACCGAACUUUUACCACAUUUAUUAAAAGCUAAUCCACAUCAAUCAACUUAUUCAAAUAUGAUGUUAUAUUUAAGAGAACAAGUAGAAGAAUAUGCAUUUUCAUCUAAGAAAUGGGGUUCAUCUGAAAAUUUAGAUGAAGAAUUUCAAAGAAGAACUAAUGUAAAAAAACAAAAGAAAUCUAAAAAGUUUGAAGAAAAUUUAAAAACUUUAAGAAAUCAAACUCGAAAGAAUUUAUAUCAAAAAAGACAAGAUGAAAUUCAUGUACAUCAGUUUGAGUUGAUGUCUGCUGGAAGUCAAUCUAAUUCGGUUCAGAAAUGUCUCACUUGUGGAUUAGAAACUGAA